AUGACUCAGCUUGAACUUAUGCAAUACAAUACAAUUCAUCUAUUCAUUGAGCACAUGAAUGAUUGCGGUAAAAAGUCACAAGAAACCCAACACAAACAAAAAAUCUAUUUGCGCAAUCUAUUGUUACUGCCGGACGGAAAAAUCGGAAGGGCGGAGCGCUUUACGGCAAAACUUCACGCAAACUAUGACAACUAUAAAAGUGUCUAA